AUGCCACAAGCCAAUGGACCACUAGCCUCCCGGACAAAUAAAAAUUCUGAGAUCAGGUCAGAGACUGAAGAGGCUCUCAGGGUAAAUCAUCAAGAACCUGAGACGACUAAAAACCAGGGGAACAUCAACGGCCUCGACGCACAGAGCCCAGACAAGAAGCUAGACCUAACACCUAACCCCCCCAAGAAGAGCGCCAGAAGCGGGAUAACUAAAGACCAGCCAAGGAGAACACGGGAUCCCUCAAAAGAGUUCACUGAUGCCAUUCGCUCGACCCCACCCGAGACGACUUCCCAUUUCCGGAAGGUACAGAAGAGUCUCAACUUCAGAAUAAGGAAACAGAGACCAACAUGCCAAAAGCGGCUGGAUCCAAUAUUCAAAGAGGACAGCGAAACGUGGACCUCAAGGGAGAUAUAA